ACACACAAAAAAAAGGAAUCAAGCUGAUAUUUUGCAGGACUCAUUUCUUUCAGGUGGAUUGAUACAGUUCACCGCGGGAAGCACACAGUCCGUACUUCUACACAGAGAGUUUCUGACGACUGUGAUCUUUCGGGGGUCGUUUUGGGGCAGAAACCUUGACGUUACGAGUUUACUUGAAGUCGCGCUGGACCGCGGCUGGUACACAGAGGACGAGAAGAAGCAUCUAGACGCCAUGAUGAGGAGACUGUUGCUCCUGGCGCUGGCUGUGGCCGUGCAGGGGGACGUGUACAUGCACAACCCGAGGGGAAGCAACAACCGGCUAGAUGAAGCCAGAAGGGAUAGAAACAAUGCCAACAGAUUAUUUGAUUCCCAGAACAAUGACAGAGGAGGCUACAACGUGGGCAGUCUUUACUACUAUGAAGGGUCCCACCUCAGCAUUGAAUGGACCAACCAGCACUCCUGUGACAACCCUAACAACCACUGUGAGCUGGUGCUGCAGUACAUGUGUGGGGACCUGGUGAGGGAUGGAACUACUGUCACGACCAUCCCAGUCAACCCCAUGCAGUGCCAGAAUUACGACUGUAACCGUGACAAGCGGUAUGGGAUGCACGAAACUUACGACUACCACAUCAAGUGUCGGCUGAGACAACGCAAUAUGGGGCUCUUCACUGCCGAUCAGAACCUACGCGGGCAGACGGCACGGUUUACCCGACAGAACGCCAACGGGAACCGGCGCGGGUACGAGUGUCCGGAGGAGAGAGACCACUACCCCUACUGGCACCCAACACCAUGGAAGGACAUCGCUGUGCUGACGAACAACCCCCGCCGCUGCCCGUACUACCAGCGUGAGAGUGAGAAUGUCAAAGGUCGUUAUGAGUGUGUGGUUCCUCCUGAGUACAUCAUGGAGAACCUGCAGGCCAAUGGGAGGAGGGCCAUCAUCCCCAACAACAAGGUCGACUGUGAGGACUUCCGAUACCCCACAAACGACCGUAACGGUACCCGGGGGAUCUGGAGGGAGAUGCACGCACACGGCCUGCCGGCGCCGGAGUGUCGUGAGACAGAGUGGACCAGAGACAAUCACCUGGGGAACACCCUGGGGGGUUAUCCCGCCCUGUUUAACUGGACCAUCCCAGACCUGGACCAUGAGAACUGUGUCCUGAGGAUCAGGUACAACAUCUCCACAGGUGAUUUUGAAGGCUGGGACCCGUCGGUGAACUCCACUAACAACAAGGCAGAGGAAGGUGUGGACGUGGGCAGCAGGUUUGGGCUGUCUGCGCAGGCUGCAGAGGAUCGUGGGUACGUCUACAAGCAGAACCCGCAGGUGAAGGUGUUUGGAGAGUUCGCCAGCGAGGGGAAUCCGGAGAAAGACUUCGAGCUUCAGCUGGCGGUCAACACCAACCAGUUUGGCAGGGUGUUUCAGGACAGGUCACACACCUUUGCAGUUCGGAAGCGUCCUGAGGAGUUGUCAGGGGCAACCAUCCACAACGUGAACGUACGCGGGAAGCGUGGGAACAUUGUGCAGGUGUACCCCGCUGUGGAGUAUGACUUUGUGCCCAACACACUGGAGGUCUCCAAGGGGGACUACGUCCACUACCAAUGGACCGGCUCAAACACAAACCCAGAGAACAACGAUGGCCAGGGGAAGGCUGGAACGGACCGUUCCAAUGUGGUGUUACAGGGGGCACAGGUCUACCCUGAGGGAAAAGGGACUGGCUAUGGGACUAAGCCAGUUAACGGCCACUGGGGCAGGAGUUACCCCAUGCACCUGAGCAAUGUGACCUUCCUGGGCUUCAGUAAGGACCUCAUGAGGAACCUUGCCAUCCUAGACAAUCACCAGUUUGGCGGGGAGAUGUCGGAGUUGGACGAUGCAGGGACGUACUUUGACCUUGGCCCGCGGAAGGUCACCCAGUCGGGUGUGUUUCACUACAUGUCGACACGGAACAACAACUUCUCCAACCGCAGCCAGAAGGGGCGCAUUAUCGUGGUGGACCAGCCUGUCAAGACGGAGAGUGUGGGAUGGAAUGGCGGGAAUAUCACAUUCAACGAAGAUGCUGCAGUGGUGACUGUCCCCCGUGGUACCCUGUCUGGUCUACAGAAGAUGAGACUAGAGGAGUGGGAACCAGAGGCAGGGGAGGAUCUUCUGGAGUCUCGCCAAGCCAGCAUCAACGUGGGGUCAGACUACGCCUCCAACUACAUCCUCAUCUCACCUACAGACAAGAUCACACAGGGGGACAAGACCUUCAAGGUAAACAUGAAGAUAAACAGUGGAAUGAGCAACGUGGCCAUCUAUCACGCUAACCCCGACAGCUUCACCAGCUGGAGCAAACUCAACGCCCAGAUCAGCGGGGGUGUCGCGUCGUUCCAGGUGGACCGCGGCGGCCUUUUCGUGGCGCGUACAGAAACCAGCGUCGGUCUUAUCGUGGGCAUGGUCAUGCUGGUCGUUGUUCUGGUGGUGAUCAUCGUCGGCACCGUGGUUUACUUCCGCAAACACCCAGACAAGUGGGACAAGGUGAAGAAGUCAGCUGCUGUGGCCAGAUACUCCACUCAGAACAAGGUUUAAUAGAGUCCUGUGAUAACUUGUUUCUGUAAUACAUACCAGGCCAGUUUUGCUUUGUUUUCAACAACUUUUCUCUUUUCCAAAAUGUUCACCUCUCAAGUUUGUCCACCUAGAACAGUGGAGCCUCGUGGACAAUUGUUUCCAUAUUCAUGGCCAGUUCUGUUUUCCUUUCAACAGAUUUAAAAACAAUUUUAGAAGUGCCUGUCAGUGAUUGCCUUACAAUGUAUUAAGUUUCACUGAGAUUGUUACUAGCAAGUGAAGAGAGAUUAUGUUGUUGAGAUAAAGCUGAACUCAUCUGGUCUUUUAGCAAACAUGGCUAAUAUCUUGCCUUUCUUUGUAACAACUUUAUACCAAAAAUUCCCUCGUAAAAGUCUUAAUGUUUAAAUGCAAGGAGAACAACCGUGUUACCAUCAGACUGCAAAAUAAUCAGAAGAAACAAGGCUGCUUGUAGUUUGCUCUAUGAUGCAUAUCGUUUUUUGCAAUGGCUAUUGAUAAGGUUUCUUGGACCACUGCUUUGUACAGACAAGCAUGUAACAAUGUGCCUUUAGACAAUGAUAAUCAAAUAUAUGACAAUGUGUUACAUAAUUAUCUUGAUAGUUGCAAGUAUAUUCUAACAUCGAUGUUUUGGAAGCAAACUUAGGGGAUAUUGCUGCUUCAGGGUAGAUUAUAUUGGUAUAGUGGUAUUUAUGUAUCAAGGGUUUUGUACAAAAUUUCUAAAAAAUCAUAAUGAUAUGUGAUUAUAUAUUGGGUAAAGUAACUAUUGUACUGUAUAAUGUGUAGUUGAGGUGUAUUGUUGUUUAAUUAGAAGGGAUCUGUUGUACUAUGUAUAUCUUUUAGCUUAUUCAUGAUUUUGUAUUUUCUCCAUUUUGUGUAGGAGGUGAUAACACCUAUACAUGUAUAUAUCAAUCACAAUGGUCAAACAUAUCAAAACAUGAUACAUACACGUGUUACAUUUACACUGAUGGUCAGCAGCUUAUCAAUGAAUUAAAUGUAUUUUUACACCAUGACAGUUUUUGUUACUCUAAGACAUAAGACAGAACUUAUUAUAUUAUAUAAGGAAGUCCAUGAAUGUUUGUAUGUCAUGUGUUUGUUGCUCUGCUGGACAGAGACUACUGUGAAUA